AUGUUUUCAGAGGCGGUGAACCUUUCGAUGAUCGAAGAGAAGACCUCUCUUGAGAUGGACACCAAUGAUGUGAUGAUGGUAAGGGUUUUUAAUCAUUCUGUAAAUAUUUUGACCCCAAUUUUGCAGACAGACGUUACUGAUGAAGGUGCUCGAGACUUUCUUACAAGUCUAUUUGAGUGUGAGAACGGACCAGAUGUGCGAUUCGCCGACGCCAUAUUAGAUGUUCAAAAGUUGAUCUUAGAUGUUCCUUCACGAUCGCUGCAGUCGCAUAUCGGAGAGAUUUUCACAAAAUUCGUGUUAUUGUCGCCAGAAGGAACGAAAUCGACAGCAACCGGGCGAUCAUACAACUUCAUCGACCCCAGUGACAUAGUCGGAUGCCGGGAGGAAGAUGCUAUUGAAUUUUUGCUUUUUACAUUUGUCAGGUGUCAUCAUGAACUUCAGAAGAAUAACUCGUCAUCAUCCACGAAGAAAAUCAUUGAAGCCGCUCAAAAAGCACUUCUCGCUGUCUUCAUUUCUGUUCAAAGAGGCUAUUUCGACGAGCAACUCAGUUACCAAAAAGCCUGUUUAGUAUUUGUCAAACGCCUUCUGGAGGAUACCGUAUCCAACAGCUUCAUCAGCGUUCUUAUAGAACAUGCUGCAAAUCCAGAGGAAUCUGAUUCAGACACCCUUCACGACGUCUUCAAUCCGAUCUUCGAUGUUUUGAGAAGUGGAGCCAGUUGUCAGAACUUUGAAGAGAAUCGCGACGAGACGAUGCAGCAGAUUUUGCGUGUUAUGAAUGUGCUGUUGAAUGUGAGAAUCGGUGGAAAUGGGCCACGAGUACUAUGUGAUCUUCUGGUGAAUCGCCCCGAUUUUCUUCCAUCCCUUAUGGAGAAAAUGAUAGGCAGGGAGUUUGGUCUGACUUGUUACCUUGGCCCAUUUUUCAACUACGGACUCGAAUCCUCUCCUCGUCGUGUCAACAGCCGAGUAUUUAUUAAUUCUGAAGACGACGCUCGAAAAGCAGACGGAUCUGUCAAUAUGGAGCAAACACAAUACAUCAAUAGAAUGAGUGCGAUUCGAUCGGGCCUUCAUCAAAUGAUGUAUCCAUUGCUUGUCGAUCAAUCCACUCGUAACAAGACGCUCCAAUGGAUUGCAAAAGUUUUAAUCUGUAACGAUCAAAGAACUCGAAGCCAUUACGAUCCGGCUGAUGUGCUCUGCGAUCAUUUCUUCGUCAAUUUCUUGUCGGUGUUGUACAGAUUCUCCGAGAAAAUUGACAUUUCUAAAAUAAUCAAAGACUAUCCAUUCUUGUCGGAUUCGCUGAUAGAUAUUUCUAAAGAAACACGCCUCAAGAUGGACGAAGCCACUGCGAUGGAAUUCGUGUCGCAGUUUAACGAUCGUCGAGCUGAUUAUCACUUCUCCACUGUCUGCUUCUUCUUGACAAUCUCCACUCAACACCUUGUCCUUCCACCACUGAUGGGACGCAUCAGCGACUACUCACGCCAUUUAAAAGAGCUCAAACACAAACUCGCCAGUCUCAAACAGAAACUAGAAAGUGCUCAGGGCUUCGAGAGGCAUGAAAUCGAGACGAAGAUUCAGCAACAAGAGCAACACUGGAAAAUGAUGUCCCGCCACUUGUUGUGUUUGAAGACACACGCUCAGGAUCCGGCUCUGAUGGCGUCUGCACUGGAUUUUGGGAAUAAGCAAAUGCAAUUCGUCAUGAGCUCCCUUUGUGAUAAUUUGAAUCUACUCGGAGAUGAUAGUCAAUUGCCUGCGGAGCCCACACCAAUGUUCUGUGCUCUUCCACAGCACUAUCUUGAAGACGUUCUCGAUUUCUACAUAUUCGCGAUUACCAACGGCCAGAAGCUUCUAAUGGAGAGUAGCACGGAAUGGAUUCGACGUCUUACUGUCCUAUACACUCAUUAUCAAUAUGUUAAGAGCCCAUUCUUGGUUGCCAAACUUGUGCGAGUACUCACAGCAAUUCAGAAUCCAUUGUGGCAAAACGUCGUCAGCCUUCAAAUGGCUCGCGAUAGCUUGCUACUGUGUAUGAUCAAAUUCUACUCGGAUUUCGAAGACAGCGGUGACUUCUACGAGAAGUUUAAUGUGCGUGGAAAUAUUCAACACAUGCUCGAGAAGAUGCGCGACGAUAUGUUCUACAAGGCCAAAUUCAUGGAGAUGGCUAGGGAUUGUGGCUCGGAAUUUGUUCGUUUCGUCAACAUGGUUAUCAACGAUGCCACGUGGUGUAUAGAUGAGAGUUUGUCUGGACUGAAGAGCAUUCAUGAUGUGGAGAAGAAGAUGGCGAAUAAAGCGGAAUGGGAGGCCACAGAUCAGGAAACCCGAAAUCAGGAUCUUGGAGUGCUUGACGAGGCGAAGAGGAAGGUUUCCGGAUGGUUGGGAACGGCGAAGAGCAAUUUAGGAUUGCUGCUCUCAAUUACCGAUAACUCUCCAGAACCGUUCCGUACACCAGCGCUUGGAGAACGUCUAGCCGCGAUGCUGAAUCACAACUUGUCGCAAUUAAUGGGAAACAAGUGUGCAGAGCUGAAAGUGAGCAAUCCGAGUAGCUAUGGAUGGCAGCCACGGGAGUUUGUGACACUGCUCAUUUCGAUUUAUUUGGGACUCAAUGUGCCGGCAUUUGUGAAGUAUAUAGCGUAUGAUGAGGUGAGUGUUUUUGGGGUUUUGGAAAAGCUGAAAACCGUUUUUAGUAAAAAUCGCUGCUUGACGAUUAUGCUCUUACAAAUCCCAUUUUUUCAGAGAACCUACAGCCCAGAGUUCUUCAACAACGCCAUCGAACGCAUGAAAAAGAAUCAAAUCCUCGGAUUCAGUCAACUCGAGAGAUUCCAGCACCUAGCCGAGGAUGUUCAGAAGGAGUACGAAGCGAAGGCGGAGCUUGAGGAUGAGUAUGAUGACGUUCCAGAAGAGUUCAAGGAUCCGAUCAUGGACGCGAUCAUGGUGGACCCCGUCACCCUUCCAUCGAAGCAUAUCAUGGAUCGUUCUGUGAUCGAGCGGCAUCUUUUGAGUACACCCAACAAUCCAUUCAAUCGUGAGGCGUUGACAACCGCCGAGCUUGUGCCGAACGACGAGCUGAAGGCCAGAAUUCAGGCGUGGAUUAUUCAGAAGAGAAACGCCAAGAAAUAA